AUGAGAAACCACACCACUGUGACCACAUUUAUUCUUCUUGGACUGACAAAUGACCCACAAUUACAGGUGGUAGUUUUUAUCCUUCUGUUCUUCACCUACCUAUUGAGUGUUGCUGGGAACCUAACCAUCAUCACACUCACGCUUCUGGAUUCACAUCUAAAGACACCGAUGUAUUUUUUCCUCCGAAAUUUCUCACUUUUAGAAAUCACAUUCACAACUGUCUGUAUCCCCAAAUUUCUUGUUAGUAUGGCUACAGGUGAUAGAACCAUUUCUUACAACAGUUGUGUAGCACAGUUGUUUUUCACUAUUCUCUUGGGUGCAACUGAGUUUUUUCUUUUGGCCGCCAUGUCCUAUGACCGCUAUGUGGCCAUCUGCAAGCCCCUUCAUUACAUGACCAUCAUGAAUGAUAGAGUCUGCAAUGUGCUGUUUUUUGCUUGCUGGUUGUCUGGUUUCCUGAUGAUUUUUCCACCACUUACUUUAGGUCUCAAACUUGAGUUCUGUGCAGGCAAUGAGGUAGAUCAUUUCUUCUGUGAUGUUUCACCUAUGUUGCAGCUUUCUUGUACAGACACAAAAACAAUAGAAUUGAUGGCACUUAUAUCAGCCAUUUUGACACUCUUGGUUACCCUGGUGUUAGUGAUACUCUCCUACACAAAGAUCAUCAAAACCAUUCUAAAGAUACCUUCUACUCAACAGAGGAAGAAAGCCUUUUCUACAUGUUCUUCUCACAUGGUGGUUGUGUCUAUUUCCUAUGGCAGCUGCAUCUUCAUGUAUGUGAAGCCCUCUGCCAAGGAUAGAGUGUCUUUAAAUAAAGGGAUAGCUCUGCUCAGUACUUCGGUGGCUCCUAUGUUGAACCCCUUUAUUUAUACACUAAGAAACAAACAAGUGAAAGAUGCCUUUAAGAAUGUGAUCAAAAGGAUGGAUGUUCUGUCAAUGAAAUGA